UUGGCAUGGUAAGAGGAGUGAAGCUCUGCUCUGGAGUUGAUCAGAGACGCUGGCUUCAGGCUACCCAGGCUCCGAACCACACGGGCCAAAGUCCUUCAUGCACUGUCUGUAAUUUGUGGAAGGAGAGCUCGUGAGAGUAGAAGAACUGGAAGUUCUGGAACUCACAAGUUUGCCUCCUCACUGCGGGCUCCGCUGAGCCGCAGCACUGUGUGUGACCGGGGAGUCUCUUGCUCACGUUACACUGCCGUCCCACCUCACGGGAUAUGCAAACUGUCUGGCAUCUAACGUGUAACCGUGCUGAUAGACACACAACAAUGGGCUUGCAGGAUGGAGUACAAUAUUGAUUUGCAUAAGCAUUUUACCUGGCUCAAAAAGGUCAACCUCAGCGCUCCUGGGAACAGCACCGCGUCCUACCAGGAGCGACUCUCUCGCCUGGAGGGGGACAAAGAAUCGCUCAUUCUUCAGGUCGGUUUGCUCACGGACCAGGUAGAAGCACAGGGGGUGAAGAUCAGUGGUCUUCUGAGUUCUCUGGAGGAAUACCAACACAAACUGAAAUACACAGAGGAGAUGCUGCAACAGGAGCUGCUGAACAGGACGUCACUGGAGAGCCAGAAGUUGAACCUGAUGGGGGAGGUGUCCUACCUAAAGCUCAAGUUAGCAGACAUGGAGCAGAACCACGUUCACGGCACUGAGAGACAGCAUAAAGCAGAGCAUGUCGUAAAUUUCAUUAGCGAGCUGCAGGAGCAGAUGUGUAAAUUCCAGGAGGAGAUCAAUAGCAAGAUCCAGGAGCAAAGAACCCUGAAUAUCCAGGCAGACAUCCAGACAGACUCAGUAGAGGCCAGCUGCCCACCUGCUUCCCAUGAAGGCCAGAGCUCGGCCCUGGGGCUUUCCUGUGACAGAGGCCCAGGGGAGAUGCACCCACUGGCGGAUGCUUCAGGCAGUUCUGAUGAGAAUGAGGACAAUGACAACUUAGGAGAAAGCUGGUCAAACGCAGACGCCACCUGCCAGUGUGGAGAACAGAGUGUGUUGUUAAAGGAGCUUCGCUUCCUCAAAGACAGAGUGGAAGUCCUGGAAGAUCAGAAGUCGCAGUAUGAGAAGAAACUCAAAGCAACCAAGGUCGAGAUCAGCUGCCUCCAGCAGCUGCUGUUCAGCAAGAACACAGAGAUUGAUAACUUGAACACUCAGCUCAUGGCCAGGCCCUGUCUCCCUAAUGAGAACCCAGAGAGAGAGCUGGAACUGCAGAAGCUGAGAGCUGGAAUGGAGACCCUGUUAGCCGCCAAUGAAGAGAAGAACCAACGCAUUGAGGAGCUCACAAUGCUCCUGAAACAGUGCCGGCAAUUCAGAGAGGUCCCCUACACCGCCAGACAACCUCCACCCACUAUCCGAUCAUUGUCCAAUAGGAGGACUGAGUCCAGCAGCAGUGAGGAAGAGGAGCAGGGGGGCAUGGUGGGGAAUGUGGACUCUUCCAGCUCAAAGUCUGAAGAUGUGAAAUCUCAGGUCUCCACGAGCAGCCUUUCUUCUCAAAACACAUCGUUUGCAUCAGUUCAGAAGGAGAUUAAUACAAGGACAGAUACACAGACGUUAUCAAGUAGCACGAAUGACCUGCCAAAUGGACCAUUAGAAAAGAGCGAUCAUGCGGACACGCCACCUGUUAACGCUUCUCUGUCGGAGCAGAGCGAGGACAGGGAGAGAGAGACAGAGCGAGAAAGCUCCAGUGACACUCAGAGCCGCACAUCUCCACACGGCAGCGAGGAUGGAGACUCCAACCGGAGCAAACCCAGUGGAAACGCAGAAGGCAGUGACUGCUCCAGUGGGAGCUCCGAGGCGGGCGCCCCAGCCAGCGACAGGGCCCUGGGUUCCCCUGAAUACCUCAAGACCAACAGAAGCCUGAGGAAGCUCUGGGGCAAACUGCGCAGAACCCAGUCUGGGGGCCUCCAGGGAGUGGACCCUGACGCUGGUCAGUUUCAGAGAGGGGGGCUGCGUGCCACGGCUGGGCCCAGGCUGACCCGGACCCCAGAGUCCCACAGCUCCUCAAGGGAUAUGAACACACCGUUUGGCCAGUGGAGCAAGGAGCAGGUGUGCGGCUGGCUGGAGGACUAUGGCCUGGCCCAGUAUGUGAACCUCACAAGGCAGUGGGUGGACAACGGGCAGACGCUGCUCUCUGCCUCCCCCCAGGACUACGAGAAGGAGAUGGGCAUUAAGCACCCCUUGCAUAGAAAGAAGCUGCAGCUAGCUCUGAAGGCGCUCAGCACCAAAGUGGUGGAGAAGUCCUCUGAACUGGACCACAUCUGGGUCACCAGGUGGCUGGAUGACAUCGGCUUGCCACAGUACAAAGACCAGUUCCAUGAGGCGCGGGUGGAUGGUCGCAUGAUACAGUACCUCACAGUGAAUGACCUCUUGACCCUGAAGGUCACCAGUCAGCUCCAUCACCUCAGUAUUAAAUGUGCCAUCCAUGUCCUACAUGCCAACAAGUUCAACCCCCACUGUCUCCGCCGCAGACCGGCCGAAGAGAAGAGCCCCUCUCCGUCCGAGGUGGUGCAGUGGUCAAACCACCGCGUGAUGGAGUGGCUUCGGGCAGUCGAUCUGGCAGAGUACGCUCCUAACCUCCGUGGAAGUGGGGUGCACGGGGGGCUUGUUAUCCUGGAGCCCCGGUUCAGCGCGGAGACCCUGGCCCUGCUGCUGAACAUCCCCCCCCAGAAGACCCUGCUGCGUCGCCACCUGGCCAGCGCCUUCUCCUCCCUGGUGGGCGCCCAGGCCACGCAGGAGAAGCGCGAGUACGCCAACGCCACGGGCCACGUCCCGCUCACCACCACCGCCAAAGUCAGGCCAAAGAAGUUAGGCUUUACCCAGUUCAGCCACCUGAGGAAGAAGAAGCCCGAUGACACUGCCGACUACAUCUGCCCGAUCGACAGCGGAGUUGUCCCCGCUAAUGGGGUCUUCUAUCGACCCUACUCAGGGAUGAGGCAUCUCAGCCCCUUGCUGGACAGACAGUCUGAGAGGCAGGAGAAGGCUGGCGUACUGAGUGGAUGCUGAGGCCUCAUCAUGAUUACCAAAUGGAUUAUUUUUAAACCUCGACAACCGUUGCCACUCAUAUGAACCAGGACAUGUUGUGGUUCGGUUAUAUUUUUGGGCAGAUGUUAUGUCCAAAAUGCAAACCAGAUUGAUGUUGUGGAUAUCGUAGGAUAAUCCAAUAGAAAGCCUGCUCAAGAAAGACAAAACACUCUCAAAGCUAAGAAUACAUUCUGAGCCAGCAUCACAUUUAGAUUACAAAUGGUCUUCUGAACUACAACUUCAGACGUCAAGAUGAGAAUAAUAUAAUUCAAAUAAAUAGAUUAAGAUUUGGCAUACAACUGUUUUUUAGGAUAUAGAAAAUGAAAGCUCUAUUUGCACUUGAGUUGACAUUGUUUGUCUACAUUGCUAAUUAUUGGAUGCCAACAACGCAUUAAUUUGGUGUAAAGUGCUAUCUAACUACCAAUGCAAUAAGCAGAAGAACCCUAGCCACUUCUGUGUUACCAGCUGUUCCCAGGUCAGGUACAAAUGACAGUAGCGUAACGGUGAGGAAGAGUCCUAUGAGCCGUACCUUCUUUAUUUCUUUCUUUCUUUCAGAAUGAACUAUUUUUGCCAUUAUUUGCAUUCCUUACAGAGUGGACUUCCAGAUGUUCACAUGUGUUUUAAUGUAAUGCCUUUUAUUGUUUAUGCUGUAUAGGAACAUAUCAAUGUUCUCCUGAUUUGUAUUGGAAUAUUGCCAGCCUUAUGAUGCAUAACUUUAUUUAUCUAUUAGCACAAUUGACCCUUAUACUUAAUGUGUUUGAACAGAACAAAGUGUACUUAUGGAAGAAACAUAACGCAAAUGCAGUUAUAAAUGUCAGAAAAAUGUGUGUUUAUAAAUAUAUAAAAAUAAUUAAGAUAUUACACUUUCUAUACCAAAGGUUAAUUUCCUACUUUUGUAGGGAUCAUUUUUCUAUUCGUACAGCUCAUAUAGUUCCUAUAUAUCCUUAUACUGCCCUCUGCUGGUAUGAAAUGAAGAUGCAAUCAAACUCGAAUGUAGACGGACGUGAUUAUUUACCUCUUUUCUAGGUACUUCAAGAUCAUUAAAAUGUAUUACUGGAA